AUGAAGUCAGUAACGUGCAGGAAUAAGCUGCCCUUUGGCAGCAAGGUCAGAGAGCAAGUACCGAAGGACGUUGCUUGGGUGCAGCUUGAGCACGGGAUUGGGCGAGGGAGUCAGCAGGGGCCAGGUGGCAGCAUAGAGGGAGCACGAGGAGAAACAGGACUGACGCAAGGAGACACGGAGACAGGCGCUGCCAAUUGGGCAGCUCGUGGUGAUCAGCUCGUGGGAAAGUCAGACAGGCGGAAAGGCAACGUGAGGGCAGCUGGUGGGAGAGUGAGGACCGUGAGAACAGGAAGGCAGUACGGGAAUACAAGCUGCCUUUGGCAGCUGGCAGUUGACGCGCGGAAAGGAAACUAUCAAUAUUCAACACAACAGUGCUUGCUUUCUUCAAAGGUUUCUCUUUUCAAUUUUCAGUUUCUCCAGGGACCAGAGGUGCAAACCAGAAUCCACAAGUUUCCAGAGUCCGAAACCGUCCUUCCCACCGCUCCUGUCAAAGGGUUUGAUUCGGAUUUGAAGGAUAACAUUGCUAAAAUGGUGCCAUCCAGAAGUCGUAGUGGUCAUGGCAAUCAAGAGACUGCUAAGAAAGCUUAUCUUCCAAUGGGGGACCAGCUGCAAAAAUGGAAAUCACCUUUUGGCCUCUAUGCUGAUUCUGAUAUGUUGGUGUGGUUGAAAGGACUUGCAUUGGACCCUUGUGACCGUAUUGCAUCUCAUGGUUCAUCUCGACAACUAUGGAAUCAGAGUCUUAAAGUGCGGAAAUUCUUGCUUCUUGGUAAUGCCGAAUCUCCUCAGAAAAAGCGAAAACUUGAUCAGUUCCUAAAAGGUAGUAAGUUCGCCGAAGUUUCUCAAUUGGAUACAGAAAAGUCUGAUGUCCAUAGUGUUAAAAGAAUGAGUACAGGGCAUUCUGUCUCGUCAUGCUUAACCAAUACAAAUGCCAACCAUGAAAUUUCCAAACCUCAGCUUGUCUCUAACUCGCACGGUUCUGGAAGUUUGUUGACAUUUGAAAAUGAAUAUCAAGGGAAGCCAUAUUCUACAAAUUUGAGCAUUAGGGACAUCGAAAAUUCUGGUCCAUAUUGCAAGGAUGAUUCCACCUCUCCUAUAUUUGAUACAGAUGAAUCGAACAAUGGUUUGAACAAAUUUAAAAACAUGAACUUAUGUGAUGAAACUAUUGAGAAUGUUAACGAUACAGCUGACAGCUCAGACUCUCCGAGUUUAGACGUGAAUAGUACAGCAUUUGAACGCGCAUUGAGGUUUAUGAUUUUUAGUGAUGAUUAUCUUCCAAGGUCUAUUCCUGUGAGAGAUAUGAAUGGUUCAUCUCACCACUCAGAUUCAUCCAGAUCAAUAGAGCAAAAUCUGAAACUUAGAGAAGCAGUGAGAUUACUAUUUACAGAUGGUAGUCUUCCGAGGUCUGUUGUUCCGAUUGGUCCUUGUUUUCAGGCAGACGUCCCAGUAUGGACAGGUCCAAUAAACAGAAAAACUACUCAUGGUGGUGAUGGUGAUUCAGCAGCGUCAAAGUGGUUGGGCACGCGAACGUGGCCCGUUAAAGGAAAAAGUGCCGGAACCACUGUGAAAGCACUUGGGAAAGGGAGAUCCAACUCUUGUUCUUGCAUUUCUCCAGGAUCUGUAGGUUGUGUUAAACACCACAUUCAUGAAGAAAGACUCCUCUUGCAAUUUGAACUUGGUCCUGCCUUCCGGAGUUGGAAGUUUGGCGAAAUGGGAGAAUUUGUCUCAAAGUCAUGGACAUCAACUGAACAGCGGACCUUUGAAUCUCUUGUGAAAGUGAAGCCACUAUCAAAUGAAGCAAGUUUUUGGAAGAUUGCCUAUAACCGUUUCCCUUCCAAGUCCCGGAAGAGUAUUUUGAAUUACUACUACAAUGUGUACAUCCCUAGACGUAUGAGCCUCCAGACCAGAUCCUUCCUCGAUAAAAUUGACAGCGAUGAUGAUGAGACGGAAGAGUAACAGAGGUAGCUGUAAAGAUGUAAAUCUGUAGGGGUAGCUUGAUGUUGGCUCUGUCAUAUGCUUUGUCCCUUUAGGUUUAGCUCCAGGGCAAUUUUGAAGACUGAUCAGAGCUAUUUUGGGUUCAUGAAACCUUACACCAAAAUUGAAAGUAAUUUUGAUACUCAGUUACCUCUG